GCGCGCACUGCGCAUGGGCCGCCGCCGGCAGGAUACCGCCGCGAGGGGUGUCGGAUUGGCGCGGGGGUAGAGUUUCGCGGAGUGGCGGCUGCGAUUAUACGGUAUAGGGUGGCUGUGCGGUGGCGGCGUGGAGGCCCUUAUAGAUUUUGCCCUGGACGAGUGGCGCCCGCGCGUUAUCCGCCGUCGUCCCUGCGCGCUCGAAACUUUCUUCCCACCGCUGCAGCCGUCGCCCGCGUGCGUGUGCGCGUUCGUCGGCGUCGUCGUCCACUGCCUAUAUACCGCCGUCCCGCAUAGCAAACGCACACGCACGGCGACCCGAAGCGCACCACGAUCACGGUGACGACCGCGCGUCGGUUGCAGCACCAGCGACGGCGGACAGCAUCACCGCUACCGACGGCCGCGCCGACCGACAGUGGCGUUUGCGAGACUCUUCGCGGCCAUGGGCUUUCGGGCGGACGCUCAUCUCGGGCCCGGUUCGACUUUUGCGCCGUACGACGACGAUAAUGAUAAAAAUAACGAUAAUAGUAAUAUUACGUUUAUGCGGUACGCUCCGGCGACUUGUGUGCGGACUGCUCGGACGAGAUGAGAAAAAUGAAAGAAAACGAACAAUCCGGAGAAUUUUUCGAGAAAAGCGUCGAUUAUUUAAGAUUAUAAAAGAAAAUAUGACGGGUCGACAGAUACGUCGUUUGCUAUACGGACUGCUGAUUUUAGCAUUAUUUGUUAUUGUUUUACACAGUGGCCGUACUGCAUAUUGGCUAGCCAAGGAUGAACGUUACUUAAGACGGCCGUGUCUCCCCACCGAGGACCAGCUAGAUUACAACGAACAACAGAACCUACAAUAUUUGGAAUCACCAAUUCAGUCUUUGACAUACAGUUCUUUAAUGAUGGAACCGAACGAAAUUUCAAAAUCACAAUUACCAUGGUAUUUUAAAGAUGGCCUGCUAAGACCAAGCAAAACAAAAAAAAAUACGAAGAUCGGACAAAAAAUUACGCAAGUUUGGCCUAAAGAGCAAAAAACCGGUGACCGUAUUGAAAACCAACUAAUGUUCAUACCACCUAAUUAUCAAUAUGACGAUGAGCCAAUGAAAACAAUUUUACUUUACAAUGGUUUAAGUAAUUGGAUGGUAGAUGACGGACAGAAUGUAUUUAUCUCGAAACAAUGCCCAGUAAAUAGAUGCAAAAUUACUUCAAAAAAAUCAGAAGCUUCAAACGUAGACGCAAUUUUAUUUCGUGAUCAUUUUUCACAUCCCGGUCAUAGAAAAACUGGUAAUCAAGUAUGGAUUUUAUAUUUUCUCGAGUCACCGUACCAUACAGAACUUAUCACUUACAACGAUGUGUUCAACUGGACAGCGACAUAUAGACACGAUAGUGAUAUCGUUACACCAUACGAACGAUGGGCGUACUACGAUCCAUUAGUGACACAAGUUGAACGAUUAGAACGGAAUUACGCGUUUAACAAAACGAAACAAGUGGCAUGGUUUGUAUCAAACUGUGGUGCCAAAAACGGCAGAUUACAAUACGCUAGAGAAUUGGCCAAAUAUAUAUCAGUAGAUGUGUAUGGCGUGUGCGGACAAUUCAAGUGCCCUAGAUCGGACAAAUGUUUCCAAAUGUUGGAACGUGACUACAAAUUUUAUUUGGCAUUUGAGAAUUCAAAUUGUUUCGAUUACGUGACCGAAAAGUUUUUCGUUAACGGCCUUCAACACGACGUUUUACCGAUCGUGAUGGGCGGGCGGCGCGAGGACUACGAGCGGAUAGCGCCCAAGCGGUCGUACGUGCACGUGGACGAUUACGAGUCGCCCAAGCUAUUGGCCGAGUACCUGCGGCAGUUGGACGCCGACGACGAGCUGUACAACGAGUACUUCCGGUGGAAGGGCACCGGCGAGUUUAUCGACACAAAGUUCUUCUGCCGGCUGUGCGCCAUGCUGCACGACGACGGGGCGCCCAACAAACACUACCGGAACAUCAACGACUGGUGGCGCGGCCCGGGCGUCUGCAACAACGCCAUGCCGUGGCGGCGGUUCAUCGAGUCGUCCGUCGAAGUCAGCCAACCGUUUGCGGCCAACAGCGGCGAAUAGCGUUUACCGCGGGCGGCGGCCACGGCGCUCGACUACAUCACUGGCCGCCGGCGACGUCGGCCCCGCAGCCGCGUCGUCGGCGGGCCAUCGCCGGACGUGGACUUUUGGCGACCCGGUGGUGCCGCCGCCGCCGCCGCCGCCGCUCGGAAGGCGCCGCAGCCACAGCGGACGAUCGUCCGGAAACAGCCGUCGCCGCCGCUGCCGCACGUGCGCAUGUCGAGCGCCGCGCGAAGACGACGGAGAGGACGCCGGAAGAACCUUCGCGACGAGCCUUAGCUCCGUCGUUUCGGUUCCACUGCAGUAAACGCGACGUGCGGUCCGCCGUGUCGCCUCUAUUUGUUAUAAUAUUAUAUUAUUCGCGUUAUAAUAAUAUGUAUAAUAAUUUGUAUUCAGUCGAAACUGAUGUUGUCCACUGCCAACCCGACGCAAAAACAAUAUGCAAACUGCACGAGCCGAGUACUUUCGUACACGGUCUACGCAUGCUGCAGUCGACUAAAUAUAUAAACGAGUUGAACGCCUAUACAAGCGGUCGUGUGGAUCAAACCGACUUGAUCCGAUUCGCGGCUGUCGACGGCGUUUCGGUCAAUCGACUAUACCCACUCCCCCUCAUCCAGCACACACGACAUAAAUGAUAUCGUAGAAAACGGUGAAUUUUUUCUCUUUUUUGUACAUACAAUAUUAUUUUUGAUUCCCCCGAGAUUUUUUCUGAUUCGCUGCACGUCAUAAUUGAAAUGUUUAAUAAAUAUAAUAUCAUUCCAUAUUUGACUUGGUUUAGACUACUGAGUACAGCCUUGUCAAAAUUCGUUAAAGUACAAAUUCGUUAUAUUAUUAUACAAAUGCAAUAGAAUUGAGAACGAUUCGUCAAACAACAACAAUUUUAUUAUAAUGAUUUAUUGUGUAGUAAAUAUUAUUUACUUUAACUUUACAGUGGAUUUCAGUGAUGUAUAUGCGUGCUAUUAAAUUAUAAUACGAAUGUCAUAAAAACGUCUUCCUCUGGAAUGAUAUUAUUGAAAUUCUACAAUAAAUUAUCAUAUUUAUAAUGUACUUAUCUUUAUUCUUUAUACAUAUUUUAAUAUCGACUGAAUUAUAUAGACAUAUUAAACUAAUUUACUUGCCGAUGUAACAACUGUUUGCGAUAUUUUUUAGAUAAUUAUAUUGAUAUAUACCUACACAUAGUAUUACCACAGAAUUUAUUCUGUGCAAGUAUUAUUGUUUGUUAAGUAGUAUUUUUUUAAGUAUUACAUUUUGACGUCUAGGUUUCAUUGUUA